AUAAUAAUAAUGAUAAUAAUAAUAAUAAUAAUAAUAAUAAUAAUAAUAAUAAUAAUAAUAAUAAUAAUAAUAAUAAUAAUUGACGCCCGUAUUGUGAGCAUGGGCGUCCGUAUUGUUCCUGGUCGGAAUAGUAUUAGCGUUGUGAUAAUCUCUCUUGGUGGAUUUCAUCAUUUCAGAUACGAUUAAUGAAUCUUUUCCCGAGGCUAAUUUCAUGAAAUGUACAAUGGUGCUUGCGCGUGUACAUGAUUGUGAGCGUGCAUUUGUUACAGUGUGUACGCAGGUGUCUGUAAGGGUAUGUUUUGUGUGUCAGGAUUCAUAUGCGACUUUGUGGUGUCCGUAAUAUAGAGGCCAAAUACUGAUAGAUAAUAGAUAGGCCUACAGACUACCGUCCCACCCCUUUGAUGAUUCAGUCACAGCUUGUAUUUUGGGAAGCUUCAGAAAGUCGCGUCCAAAGCGAGCUGUAUUGUUCUGUUGCAUCAGUGUCGACUGGUAAACGGGAUUCAUUUUAAUCCCUUUGGCGAAUCCCGCAAGUGAAGCCUAAGCUUACACGCUCGCUGCUCAGAGGGGGCGUUUCGAAGAGGUCGGCCUUUGGCAGGAUCGUAAAUGCUGGUGAGAUUUGCUUUUCAUUUUGAUCCGAGGUGCAGGUGGAGCAUGAUAAGAGUGGAGAAAAAGAUUUCUUACGCAACCCGAGCCUAAAAUACUGUUUCUUGAGCUGCUUUGCAUUCUCCAUGCGUGAAGUUGUUUGGCGUGGGUCAUGAGGCUUCCCAUGGCGUCACUCCGGGCUCCUCCUCGGGCCCUCCCCUUCCUCGUCCCGAAGAAAGGACAGUCCAGACGUCCUAGAAGUGCCUGUGUUGGGGAUACGCCACCCCCCCCCCUCCUCUGCUGAGUCCCUCCUCAAACGUGUUGAGCAUUUGCAAGGUUUUAGCGUGGGGGGGGGGGAGGCGAAGGGGUGGAAGGGACGGAGUCGAGGUGGCGAGGGCGCGCGUCGCCUCAGUAUCAUUCUUGAGGUAGCAGCGGCUGGCGCCAGUGAUACUGGGUCUUUUCUUUCCACCUCCUACCUCUCUCUUCUUGCCUCUUCCUUCCGUCUCCUUCUCUUCUUGUCCCUCUGUCCGUCCUCCCUCUUCGGUCAUUCAGGCUUUGUGUUUCCUAAGUGCGUGCCCGUCCUUUGUCUCUUGCUUGCACGCGCGGGUAAUCGUGUAUUUCUGUGCAUAAGAUUUGUGCGUUGCUCGUGCGAGAGACCCAACCCGGAAAAGGACCGCUGUGCGCGCUUCCGCACACUCUGCUUGUCUGACUGAGCGUUGUACGGAAAGAAGAGAUUGGAAGAAAGGGUCUUCGGAAGAUUUUGUGAUUGUUAGAGAAGAAAAUCUAAGCUUGAAAAUACGCGUUGGUCCUUCGCCGUUUUUGAUUGGCUCCUCGGCAGAGAUUCUGUGUCUGAGGAGAUUAGCAUCAAACGGCAGCCAACCAAGAUAUGCAUGCAGUAAUUGUGCAUUCGCUGUCAUCAACACGGAUUCUACAAGUUCCAUUUUUUCUGACUGGUUGAUAUUAAUUGCAUGUAUAUUACCACUGAAGUAACGCUCUAGAAAAUCCGGGUAUUCUCGGUUCAGUGGUAUGACAUCUAUCAAGACUGAUUUGAUAUCCAUAUUACUUUGGGAAAUACAGUUCAUCUGAAAUAUUGUGGUUUUGCUGCUCGUCUUGAUUAAUGCAGUGAAAUGAUGCCCUAAAAUUUAGCCUCGCUGACCUUAUCGUCGCCAUGAACGAGUUAAGUGUCGGCAGUGCCCUGGAGGCUACGGCCUCUCGGCCUACUCCUCCCUCCUCGCUGGCUGUGGUUCCCUCCCAUUUGGCGUCGGAUUCGCCUUCGAGCGAGGACUCGCCCGCGAGCGACGCCUCGUCCCUCUCCCCGAUGGAAUGGCUCUCGCCCUCGGAGUCGCCCUGUGACCUGUCAGGCCUAUCCAGCAGCCACAGCCUUACUUCGCCGGGGUCAUGCAUCGAGAUUCCCAUUCCUGGGUUAACUACACCUUUGGUCUCGCCCAGUGUACCGUCGUCCCUCCAUAGCAUGACUUCGCCUUCAGCUACAGUGUCUCCAUCAGGAACUGCCCCACCUGUGCACUGCAUUUCAUCCGAGGACAGCGCUAGGUCAUCUUCAAAUCCCAAAGUACUAACUACAAGCUCUGGUUCAACUGACAGUGACUCAGGGUCAGGAUGGAGCACGCCCUCUCCCGUCCGGAGCGUGGUUUCCAAUCCGAGUGUCCCCUGCUCCUCUCAGAGCUCUCCCGUUUGGUCUUCCUCAUCUCUCACUUCCUCGACUUCUUCCACCUCAUCUCCACCCUCUGAUGUGAAAAGGUACUUGGUUGCAACAGCAAAUGGAAGGCGCAGUAGCGCUACAGAUCUUGCCCAGACCAGAGCAACUCGCAGAAACCUUUGGGAAAAUAUCCGGGCUAACCCCAAGCUCAAUAAUAGCAAGUGCAGCUCUCACUGUCGCCACGGGAAGCGUUCAACUCCCACCACUGAUGAUGAAGAUAGUGAUUUCAGCUACAGCUAUCCUGCCAGUCCUUUAUCCCGCAACUCACCACUCUAUAGGUGUCCUGUAUCAUCAGGUCCUCUCCUUUAUGGACCUGCCAGCCCAAUUUCUCAAAGAGAGCGUUCACGCUCUCCAAGUCCCAUGCCUCGAUCCAGAAAGAGAUCCUCUCGGUCUUCUGUAAGUCCAUCACACUCCCCAGGAAGCCCUUCAAGUGAUCCAGUUGUUGACUCGGGGGAAGGACCUGAAGGUUCAACAUCACACUCUUGUAAAACUCCAGCCUCAGCUUCACCUAGCCCUGUUGGCCGCCUUCCAAAGCAUGAUAUUUCAAGUUCUUCAAAGGAUACAUAUGCUCUAUCUUUGAAAAAUGCAGUUAAUGAAGUAACAAAGUCUAGAUGCAGUAACAGUGACACUACAAAGGGGAAACGACGGAGUGUUUCAAGCGUGGUAAGUAAUGCCAGUAUCAGCAGCAAAGCUUUCCGUAAGAAGCAGAACCAUGGGGCCUCUGCAAGUUCUAUAGAUGGACAUCGAAGUCCUGAAAUUGUCAUCACUGCAGACAAUAUAGAUAUCAUCCUUAAUGAUGACUAUGCCACUAUGGAUAAUAUAGAGAAAGGUAUUUCAUCAAAGAAAUCAACAAGGCAUCUCACAGAUUUUACAAGCACCUCCCAAAAUAACAUCUCCAGGAAAUCCCAGUCAAAUCUGGAAGGAGGAAAGAUCAAGAAACUCAGGGAUCGUAAGGAAGAUGGAGGGAAGGAGGAGACUGGCAAUGAUACAAGUGAUAAGGAUGAAAAGAUUCCCACAAAAACUAGGAGGAAAAAGGCAAGGUCUAACAGUCUUGCACAUGAACAAUGCAGAUUAUCUUUGAAAGAGAAUAUCUCAAACUCAGUUCAAAACCUCAGUGGCAAGGAUUCAUCUGCAUCAAACAGGAUUAGUUGCAGUAUUCCUAGUUCCCUCCAUACUGUUUGCAGUGGAAGUGAUAGCAGCCCAAAGCACACUAACAAGAAAAGUAGUAGGCCUGCUAGUAGAAGCUCCAGCAGGAAUGCUAGUAGGAGUGUUAGCAACAGCUUGUGGGAUUUGACUGUUAGAAAACCUCUUAGUCACUGCAGCACUCCAUCCCCUUCACGUGACGCCACCACAAAUGCAGAGAAGUGGCGGCGGGCUAGUUUAGGGACUGUAGGUAUAGUGAGGAGCAGAUCUUCCACACCAAAAGAUAGAGAUAAUAGCAGACGUAACUCAGUCACUAACACCAACAGCGGUAGUACCUGGAGUCUUUGGGGAGGGGGAGGGAAGAGUAAGAGUAUCACUUUUGGCCCACCACCCCCCAUCACUACCACUGUAUCCAGGACCACCCCCCUACUUUCCAAAACCACUGCUACAUCAAAGACAGGACCCCCCAUAUCGAAGACUCAGGGAGCCAUACCCAAAUCCAAAAACACCUCAUCCAGUAUUUCAAAAGCUGGAAAGUCGGUCAGCAAUGCCAUCAAGUUUGGUAAUACACUCAAAAAAGGGACUCAAAAGAACCCAACUAUCACUCCCACAGAACUCGACCUACCCUGUGUGUCUCCUAGGCAAAGGCAUGCAGGGCUGAACAGAAAAGUCGGCAGUAGAAAGAACAGUGCUGCAUUGGAUUCAAGAAUGAGUCCAGAUAAUGGUGCUCAUAUCAGGGAUGCUUCAAGAUACAGCCCUGUUGGAGACCACACGAAUUGUUCGCGCAGUGCUCGAGGAAGUACAAGCAGCCUGCGGGACAGUGCCGUGGAUACCAGUGGCAGUGGGUGGGACAGUAACAUAAGCUUAAAGGACAGCUCCAUGGGCAGCAGUAUCAGUUUAAUUGACAGCUCUAUGGGUAGUUCCAUGAGCCUUUAUGAUAGUGCAAUGGGAAGCUCCAUAAGUCUAAGAGACAGUAUAAUGGGUAGUAGCAACAGCUUGAGACAUUGUUCCAUCGGCAGCAGCUCCAGUCUACGUGACAGUGCCCUUGGUAGCUCCACAAGCCUUGUAUAUAGCACCUUGGACAGUAUUGCCAGCUAUAAGGACAGCACAAUGGGUAGCUGUACCAGUUUAAUAGAUGAUUUAAAGGGUAGCAGUGCUAGUCUGAUAGAUAUGCCCAUGGCUAGUAGCAAGAGUCUUACUGACAGUGUCCUAGAUUUAAGCAAGGAAAAUGUGUGUAAUACAGCAAACCUGAAAGAUAAUAUCGGUAGUGCAACUGAGAGUCAUACAAAUAUCCAAAGAGAUGGCUCAAGGGGUAGUACUACUAGUUUAAAAGACAGUAUUCUUUAUAGUAGUGUUCAUUCAUUGAAAAGCAUGGGUAGCACUACGAGUUUGAAAGAAAGCGCCUUGGCAAAUCCUUCUAAUUUGAGAGAUGCAGGUAGUAUUGCCAGUCCUAGACAAGAUGACAUGUAUAAUAGAAAAGAUGAGUCCUUAGAGAAUGGGAGGAAAAUGUGCAGAGCUUAUAGCCGUGCAAAAAGCAUGACAAACCUCAGAGAUGAUUCACUCUUUAGCACUGCAAGCUCUGGGUAUGUUGAUAUGGUAGAUGCAUAUGUUACCAGACAAAAAAAUGGUGUCAUGUAUAGUGCUGCUAACUUGAGAGACAAAACAACAGGUUCCCGUCUACGACAUGGCAUACUAGGCAGUGCCACUAACUUGAGAGAUAGUGCCAUGACCUGUAACCAAAAUCUCAGGCAUGGUGUGAUAGGAAGCACCACCAACCUACGAGAAAAGCUCACAAGUAAUACUCCUCGUCUAAGGCAUGGUGUUGCAGGAAGCACUACUGAUGUCAGAGAUAGUCUCUUAAGCAAAAGCAAUAUCAUUCGAUAUGGUGGAAAUGGCAGCACUACCAACAUCAGAGACAGUACAAUGGGCAGCACUGUUAGUCUCAGGCAUAGUGCCAUCAGUGACCUGAUUGAUAGUGCUAUUGGUCUUGCCACAGAUACUAUAUUUAAUACCAACUUGCAUGACACUGAUGAAAGCAGUAACUCUGAAGAUGAAGAUACAAACCAAAGAUAUGGCUCUUUGUGGAACAAAGCAAGAGAGCUUUUGACUAGAAAGAGUGUGGCUGACUUAAGUAAGAGUGCAAAUUCUUUGAAUGGCAUAACUGCAUAUGACCUGCUUAAAGUGCCACAUGGCCAACCUGAUUUAAUGAUGAGCAGAUGCAGAAGUGCUCAUUCACUGACCGAGCCUCAGCAAAGCUAUAAUGCCUCAAGUCACAUCUCUAGGGCUCAAUCAUCUGACCUGAGAGACCUCAAUCUGAAGGACUCCCAGAGACAAAAACUCAAGCGAGGAAAAUCCCUGGAUCUCAGGGACCUCCCUCAGAGGUCUUACAGCCGUCGAGGAGUACUUAAGAGAGGAAAGUCCUGUGACCUGAGAGAUCUUCCAUGCACAGAAGCUCUCGAUACACCUGGUUCAUCUGAGAUAGAGGACAGUAGAGAGUUUCUUAGAACGAGAUCCUGGGAGGAUAGGGAGGUACCCACUGCAAGAUCAUGGGAUGGAAAGGACGCCUCUCAGCUCCAUGAAAGCAUGAUAAACUACAUAAACCAACUUGAAGGAGACUUACAGAAGUGUUCCAACAAGCAACAAUGCAGUAAUCCUACACUUGCAGUAAAUUACGGUUCUGAUAGUGGAAGUGAUAACAGGGAUAGAGGUUCUGGUGAAGAGGAAAAUGCUGCUGAUAGCACGAACAACCAUCAUCAGUUCUCUGAGAAUGGUAUUACCGUCCGUUCAGACACUCCAGAGCCACACUAUAGAAGGAGGAGGCGAGGCAGUGCUGACAGACGUGGUGGAGCAGGAAGACGCCAAAGUCUUGACAACUUAAAUGGGGAGGAGCUUUUGUAUGCAUUAAGAGGAAGGCGAGGAAGUGGAGGUGGCCACAAUCACCUCAGGGGAAGCUGUGCGGCUGGAGGUAACUCUUGGAUCUCGGCCAUCCCUCGCCAUGACAGGAAGUGGGAGAGUCUCCGCCGGGGUGUUGUAGACAAGAGCAUUCGCUGCUCCACUCCCAGGCAAGGGCGGAGGGGAUCUGUAGAAAACAUAUGUGGUGGCAUGGGUAGGAAAAAGAUCAAUAGUCUUUGGGACAAUAUUCUUGAACAGUAUGUAGAAAAGGAGUCAAAAGCCAAAAAGAAUUCAAGCUCGAGUUCCUUUAAAGUUGGAGGAGGUGAAGAAGAAAGUGAAUGGGUCACCACCAGAGAUGUAGAUGAAGAGGAGGAAGAGGAAGAGGAGGCAGCAGCAGCAGGAGUCUUGACUGAAUCUGAAGAGAACAGGGAAGCAAUUUGUCCUCAGAGGAGAGCCCCGCGCUUCAGUGAAAUAUUUGGUGGUGGAAGCAUUGAAGAAUCCCGCAAAAGUCGCUUGGAAAUGACCUAUGGGUCUCAAGACUUGAAGGACAGUAAGAGAUGCAAGAGAUCUAAGGAUAAAAAGAGAGGUAAAAUGGUCAGUUCUGAUAGUGAUGGCGACUUCAAAUCUGCAAGUGGACAUUCCUUCAGCAGGGAAAGUGGACUGGGAAGCAGCUGUGAGGAGGAAACAGACUAUAGUUCUGGCAAUGGGACCCCUGAAGGCUCCCCCUCCCAUGUAGGCUCUCAGAAGGUUAUGGCAGCCAUAAGUCAUUAUUUGCGAUCUGUAGAUGUAGCAGAAAGUGAAGAGGAUGUCGACAGCUUUAGCAAGGAAGCAGAUCACAUCAGUCCAGAUGACCUAAUGUUAAUGUCAGAUAGUGAGGACAACUUCAGCCUUAGCUGGGAGGACCUCAUCAUAUCCUACAAGGGACCGAAAUAUAAACCCAAUACUAGCAAGAUUUCCGAACUCGAAGAUGGUUUUGAAACUCUGCAGAUGGACUUGGAAAAUAAAGAGGCCAGUGGAGAGGUCGAUAACCCUAAAUUGGAUCAGGAAUUGGAUAAACUGUUAGGCUGUGAUUAUCGACAGUUGGAAGGCGAGAUUCUCUCUGGUAGAAGUACCCCAGCCCGUGGAUCGAAAGAAGUUGUUUUCCUAAGCCCAGCGAAGAUCCCUUCUCUGAAACCCAGUUGCACAGACUUGAGAAGGCCGUGGUCUGCCGAGCCUCCACGUAGUACCGAAACAAAUCAUAUAUGCAGUGAAUCAGUGAUUAACCCAGAGGACGGUCAGGUUGAGGAUCAAACGACCGACGAGGAUUCGAAGAGUGACAGUGUAAUAACAUGGUGUUCUCAAGACAAGACUGUGAGUCGCCAGAGUACCAUCGUGUGUAAUGAGGAAUCCGAUGAAUCUCCAGACGCAGCUGAGGACACCACAAAGGUCCCUGAACGUCCUCCAACACCAGAUUCUGCCUUGGGAUCCGACUGUACGCCUGUUUCGCCAGUGAGCGGGGAAGAAGCGACAGUUAACGACGCUACAGAGGAGGAGGAGGACGUCCGAGCCCGCGGUCGCUCCCACGAGAAGGGGCCGCUGCUCGAGGACGGGCGGGACCGAAGUGUGAGCUGCAGCGAAAACAUCAAAGCGUUCUUGUUGUCCCAGCCCUGCGCCUUCGCCCACGUUGCGGGGGAGGAGGGCGGCCACGAGCACACGGACACCUGUGGAGACAAGCACUUCUACCCCGACGCCAACAGGAGUUGUGUGGAAGCGUACAAGCAGGCCGCGAGCGAAUCGAAGGUGCGCCGCAGGGUGAGAAGGAAGAGAGUGAAGAAAAGGAAGGAUAAUGAAAAGGAGGAGCAGAAGGAGGCAAAUAAUGAGGUAAAGAAGGAGGCGAAGAAGGAAGCGAUAAAGGAGGUGAAAAAGGAGGAGAUUAAAGGCAUUGCAGAUCCCAAGCCGUCGAAGAUGAAUUCAAUUCGUAAAUUCUUCAUCAGCGUGUUCUGCACAACUCCGGUGACCGUUGAAGGCAUCGCACCAGACCAGGAGAGCCAUGGCACUGACCCAGAGCCCCUACCCCCACCCAUACCCCCCCAUGGCAUUGACCCCGCCACUAUUGCUGGGGUUGACCUGGCCCAGGCUGCUAGGCCUCUUAUGGACCCGGAGGUUAUGACUCCAGAGGAAGCACAGAGGUUACUGAGUGCCAACAUUGUGGAGGGUAAAGUUCGGGAGGGCCAGACAUUGCUUUCUGAUGAGGAGGCCCAGGAAGUAGUCCUCCUCCUUUCCCCCCAGGAGAAGGAUGCCCCUCAGGCUCCCCCACCAGUACCUCCCCACUACUCAGACAUCCCAUCGAUGGUUCCACCUCACUAUGCAGACGUUACCCCGCCUGUUCCUCCCCACUAUGGUCCAGCAGAGGAUGAAUAUGACAUGAGGUUGGCCUCGCGCUUUGACCCAACAUUGACAUCACCACUGAGCCCUGAGGAAGAGCCCUCAGAGGCAGACUCAUCAGAAGCCUCUGGUGACGUCUCCCAAGUCUCCCGUGCCAAGGAGGUUUUGGUAGAAGACGGAGUUCACUACCUAGAGGAUGGACACUUCUGGGUGGAGGUUCCUGGCCUGCCAGAAGAAGAUGAGGAAGAUGAGCUGGAUCCAACACUCCCCUUCCACCAGCACACUCGCCUUACUUUCUCCAAGGAUCCCAUUCAGGUAUUCAGCACCUAUUCUGUGACAGAGUAUGACCGAAAGAAUGAUGAGGUUGACCCUGUUGCUGCCAGCGCUGAGUAUGAAUUGGAGAAGAGGGUCGAGAAGAUGGAUGUCUUCCCAGUUGAAAUUGUAAAGGGUGAAGGAGGCCUUGGUCUCAGCAUCAUUGGCAUGGGUGUUGGGGCCGAUGCUGGUGUCGAAAAAUUAGGCAUCUUUGUGAAGACGAUAACUCCAGGUGGAGCUACGGAGAGGGAUGCAAGAAUACAAGUCAAUGAUCAGAUUAUUGAAGUUGAUGGAAAAAGUCUGGUUGGAGUAACACAAGUUUUUGCUGCUUCUGUUCUAAAGAACACUAGUGGCCGUGUGCAUUUCCUUAUUGGUAGAGAGAAGGACCCAGAAAAUAGUGAAGUAGCUUUGUUGAUUAAGCAGUCAUUGCAGGCUGACAUGGAGAGAGAAGAGCGUCGACGAGCACUGGGUGGUCCAGACUAUGAUCCCCAUGCAAAUCAUGGCCUCUUUGACCCCCUUUCUUCCCCUUCGGAGGAGAAUUCCCGUUCGGAGGACAUGUCAAUGCACCACAACAACUAUUCAUAUAUGGAAGGAGGCUCAUCUCCCACAUCCCCAGAUGCUGUGUCACCUCCAGCUGAGGUAUUUGAUUUGGAGGGUGACACAUCUGACACCUCGCCUGAUAAUGAUGUAGCGAUGCUGAAGCUGAAGCUCAAGGAGGUCCAGUAUAGGAAUGCUGUUGCCGAGGCUGAGAUUCAGAAGCUGAAGAUGAAACUUCUGGACAUGGAGAAGAUAUUAGAGGAGAACACCCACUUUUCUAGUCAACUUCGUGAAACGCGAAACCAGAUGAGUGAGCUGGAGGAGAAGCUACAGGCCAAGACUACAGAAGUGUCUACCUACCAGGACAUGCUGGAGCAAUCUCAGGGACAGUACAUUGUAUUGGAGAAGAAAUAUUAUAAGGCUAAAAAAAUAAUUAAGGAGUAUCAGGGUAGGGAACGUGAUUUCUUGCACCGUGAGGAGUAUCACAUAACUCAACUUGAGGACAAGGACUCGCACUACAAUGCGCUCGUGAAAGCACUCAAGGAUAGGGUUAUUAGUUUAGAAGCAGAAUUAACAAAUGCACAGAAAACGGCAGGUCUCCCAGUACAGGUUCCUGCUGAUGCAAAUACACAGCCUGCUUACUGGCAAUUACAGCAGAGUGCACAAUCUGCCAAGAUGCCAGUGAAGGAGGAGUUAGAUGAGGCAGUUCCUCCCCAUGAGCUACUGGAUGUGUCAGCAAGCCGAGCAAAGGGAGAGCUAGCAGCAAGGGGGGGUCUGGCCAACCGUCACCUCCCAUCCCUGAAAAAGACCACCAGUAUGAGUAGUGCUGGGAGUCAAGACCACAGCCUGGAUGACAGCAGUCUGGAUGAUGACCUGCCAGAAUCCCAGAAGCAUGUGGCAACGGAGCCUAUGCAGGACCUUCAGCAGGACGUAGGGAUACGGAGGUCAGCCGAUAUCCUGGAGUCUCCUUUACCCCCUCCCCAGAGCAUCCUGCCACCCUCUAGUAUGGUCAAAUCCCCAAAACCCCCCACCACCUCCCCAUACAGUCACUUAGGUAGUCCCCCUCCAUACCAGCACCCACCUGGCCAGUUCAGCUCUGGCCGCCAGCCCUUAGCACCCUCCCAUGCCCUGCCUGAUCCCCCCUCUAGCUUGCCAAUGCGACCCCUUGGUGCGGGGAUGGAUGGCCAGCCCCACCACGACACCCAGUCAGAGUCACGACCUGAGAUUCCGUACCGGCACCCCCCACCUGUUGCCCGAGUCCUGCCGGUCAACAGAGCCGAGAUUUCCGAGUCGUCUAGCUUGGCCUCGCACUUAGCCAACCGCACACCUCAGCAGCAGAGUUUAGCUGAGCAACUGAAGGCUCUCUUGGCUGAGAGGGAUCUCCAAACGGAUAGUGUACAGCAAAGAAAUGAUCGGGAUGUGAGUCCCAACAAAAGGUCUCCCACUAGCCUAAUGGAAGAUGUAAGACAAGCUGUUUUACAAGCAGAUGUCUCGUCACAUGUGGUUCCCUCGGGACAGAUGGUCCACCAGCUGGGUUCACCUCAGCGUACGCAGCCCUCUGUUCAUUAUACUCCU